AUGGCAACACAUUGGUUUUCUGCUAGUGAACGCAAUAAACAUCAUAUUUGCGAUGUACUCAAGCAAGUACUUAAUUCUAAUGAUAGUUACUCUGUCGCUGAGGUUGCUUCCGGACAUGGUCAACACAUCUGUUUCUUUGCAAAAGAAUUUCGACAGUCAGUUUGGUCUCCAACAGAAAUCAACGCCGAAUACUUAAACAGGUUAACAGAAAAUGUAAAUCGUGAGCAAUUAUCUAAUGUCAAACCUGCCGUACUACUUGAUGCAUCCUGGGAGCCAAGCCGAUGGAAGGAAUCCUUGUCUGUAAAUGGUUACGAUCUUGUGAUCAAUAUUAACAUGGUCCAUAUCUCUCCCUUUGAAGCUACAAUUGGUCUCUUUAAUGGUGCAGCCAGCAUCCUCAAACAAAAUGGUUAUCUUCUGUUAUAUGGGCCUUAUGCGAUUCACGGUGUUAUCAGUCCAGAAAGCAACGUUAAAUUUCAUCAUUGGCUAAAGAGCAAGUGCACGGAAUGGGGAUUGCGGGAUAUAUUUGAGCUAGAAACGUUAGCACACAAAAAUAACAUGGUUCUUGAGAAAACGAUCGACAUGCCUGCCAAUAACAAAAUAUUGCUCUUUCGAAAAUUGAGUGCAUGAAUAAAUAUGGGACUGCAUUCAAAAUCUAUUUUCUAUUGUGGAUUAACUCUAUCUAUCAGAUGGUGUUCUCGUACAUCAUAG